CUUGCGCAUGCGCGUGUAGUUCAUAAAUCGCGCUUGUUAUACUAUGCUUCGCGUACGUUACUUAAGUGAGUGAUUUGUUCUCUCAUGCGAAACUCGAGCUGCGUUAUAACAGCAACAAUACUAAUAAUAAGCUUAUGCAUAACAUGCACAAAUAUGUAGAAUAAAAACGAAUGACCUUAAGUAACUUUGGUGCGAGUUCCUGGUUGCCGGGCGUAGUUAAACGAAGUUAGCUACAUAUAUAGUUAUCAGCUGGCUUUUUCGUUAGACUGGUAAGCUAACAGGAUAGCAUUAGCUACAAAGACGGACCGUGGAUGUGAACUUUAUUUUUUAUUGUUUUUUUUUGAAGUUUUUAUUUCUUGGUUGACACCACAAUCGCUAUGGCGGAGGUACCCCUUUUCGGGGGAGGUUUAAAUGCAGUUUCCUUCAGUUCUCGGGUGAAAAAAGUGACGAGCCUUCGGAAAAAAGGGCGACAGAGCCAGCAGAAACGGAAUAUCCACAACCGGGUGUUUCUGGAGAAGGUCCUGGGCAUCACCACAUCUAGCAGUAGUGGCUUGGCCUGUGACCCAAACAGUGGAUUGGUGGCUUAUCCAGCUGGGUGUGUUGUGGUCAUCCUGCACCCAAGGAAAAACAAACAGAGCCACAUAUUGAACACUUCCAGAAAAACCUUCACCGCUUUGGCAUUCUCUCAGGAUGGAAAAUACUUGGUCACUGGUGAGAGUGGUCACAUGCCAUGUGUACGAGUAUGGGAUGUGGCUGACAGAAUCCAGGUAGCUGAAGAACAGUGCCAUAAGUAUGGGGUUGCCUGCGUGGCCUUCUCGACCAAUGGGAGCUACAUUGUAUCGGUGGGAUAUCAGCAUGACAUGACAGUCAGCGUUUGGGAGUGGAAGAAGGGGACCGUUAUCGCUUCAAAUAAAGUGUCCAGCAGAGUUGUUUCCGUGUCAUUCUCUGAGGAUAACAGCUACUUCGUCACUGCGGGGAACAGACACGUCAAGUUCUGGUAUCUGGAUGCCUCCAAGGAGAGGCGGGUGAAUAGCACAGUGCCUCUGAUUGGUCGGUCAGGUUUACUUGGGGAACAGAGGAAUAGCAUGUUCUGUGGUUUGGCAUGUGGAUGGGGUGACAUGGCUGGCAGCACGUACUGCAUCACAAACACUGGCCUUUUGUGCCAGUUCAACAGCAGGAGGCUCCUGGACGCUUGGGUCGACCUGAAGACCUCCUCAGCUCGAUGUCUGUACGUAAGCGAGCACUACGUAUUCUGCGGCUGCGCGGAUGGAACCGUCCGCGUCUUCAAACCACAGAACCUGCAGUACAUCACGACGCUCCCGCGCCCUCACUGCCUUGGGGUGGACAUCACGAAGGGAGUGCACUCGGGACACUUAUUUUCCAGCAGUCCGGAUGCAGAGUACCCAGAUACCCUGGCUCUGACCUUUGACCCGGUGACAAGCUACCUGACCUGCGUAUACAACGACCACAGUGUUUACGUGUGGGAUGUCCAUGAUGUCAGGAAUGUGGGGAAGGUCUAUUCAGCACUUUAUCACAGUGGCUGUGUUUGGAGUGUGGAGACCUACCCUUGUGUGGUGGAGCAGGCUCCAUCCUGGCUGAGCCCUGGUUCCUUCCUCACCUGUUCCUCUGACACUACCAUCCGGCUGUGGAACGUUGACGCCCAGCAGAACGACCUUAUGAAGAUUGUGUACCUGGGGAAGGACAUGCAACAUCUGCAGCAAGAAUCCGAGCGGGGAGAGGGUGGAGGCUCUGAGGCAAAGUCUGGUAUCCGUGUCCUGAGGAUCAGUCCUGAUGGGCAGCACAUGGCAGCUGGAGAUCGCCAUGGCAACCUGCGUAUUUUUGGACUGCAGUCUCUGGAUGAGCUGUUGAAGAUUGAAGCCCAUGACUCAGAGGUUCUAUGCCUGGAGUUCUCACCGACUGAGACCGGCCUGCGCCUGCUGGCAUCAGCAAGCCGAGACCGUCUCAUCCACGUGUUCAACAUGGAGAAGGGCUACAGCCUGGAGCAAACUGUGUAUGACCACUCAGCGUCCAUCACCGCCAUCAAGUUCACAGGUGAGGCUUCAAAUGUGCACAUGGUGAGCUGUGGGGCUGAUAAGAGCGUCUACUUCCGCACAGCGGAGAAGUCCACGGAAGGCCUAACAUUUUCCCGCUCCCACCAUGUGGUGGAGAAGGCCACACUGUACGAUAUGGACCUGGAUGCCACACGUAGUCAUGCAGCCAUUGCCUGUCAGGACCGUAACAUCAGGGUGUAUGAUGUUAAAAGUGGCAAGCUGAAGAAGUGCUUUAAGGGAUCCUUAAGUGACGACGGCACGCUCCUUAAGGUCCAAAUGGAUCCAUCUGGUUUGUUCCUGGCCACCAGCUGCUCCGAUAAAAACAUCUGCAUAUUUGAUUAUGAAACGGGCGAAUGCGUGGCUACCCUGUUUGGGCACUCUGAAAUUGUGACGGAACUGAAAUUUACCCCGGAUUGCCGGCACCUCAUCACUGUGUCUGGGGACAGCUGUAUAUUUGUCUGGAGACUGGAUACUCUUAUGACUCGUGCCAUGCGAAACAAGCUGGCAGAGCUGAGGCUGCAAGCCGGACUCCAUGGGCCCACCUUCACCAAGUGCCCCCCCAUCAGGAAGGAGACUUAUAUCAGUGUACCUAGAAUCUUGCUGCCAGAAAUGGAAGAGGAGGAGCAGGUGGUGGAGGAGGAGGAAGAUGGGAAGAGUGAAGAAGAGCAUGAGGACUCCCCCAAGACGCCUGCCCGGGAGGACUCCCUGCAGGACGCUCUGGAUCCCAUGUUCCUGCAGACCAAUGGCAAACUGCCCAUGUGGGCCAGAAGACUGGGAGCAGCUGGCAACUCUGGAACAGACCCUGUUGGAGCCGUGGAAGUCGGCCCCUACCAGCCACGGGGGCGCUGGGCGGAGCAGUCUGACCCCCAGGCCAUUCGUUCAGUCUUGGAGAGUCGUAGUCUGCAGCUGCCCCUCUCGCCCAGUCCCAGACAGCCUGAGAGAGAUGUGGAAAAGGGGCCAGAAGAGGAUUCCUGCUUUCACCCGCAAAGUCUGGACAGCCUGCUGGAGCAGGAAGAUGAGGAAGAAUCCGAAGUGGAGGAAAGUGAGCUGCCGGACAGUGAGCUCCUACCUGACCACCAGAGGCCAACCUUCCUGCCGUUAUCGGGCAGUGAAGAGCUCUUCACGCCAGGGCUGGGUUCACCGGAGGCGCAGGACUACAUCCUGUACCCUGCCAACAGCACCACCCUCUCUGCUGGCGGGGAAGGGGAGUUUGAUGUGAGGGAGCAGUGUGAGGCCAUGCCUGAGCGUCGCCGUGGAGCCUGGGGCGGCGAGGAGCUCAGUCCUGACAGUGCCUGCUGCGUGGGCUCUGCUGAGAGCCAAGCCUCCAGCCAGGACCCCCCCCAGGAUGAUACAGACUCCCUCAGUCAAGUGAGCUCCACAGGCAGCUCUGGGGUGGAAGAGGAAGAGGAGGACCCAGGGGUACUGUUGAGGCACCAUUUUGACACUCUGGCCGACAGCCUCGCUGUAAAUGAGAAGUUUGACACAGACCUCAGGAAAUUACAGCCACCCACGGAGAGCAUCUUCCUGAAUCCGCGACUCAGCAUCUCCACACGUUUCCUGUCCCGCUUCCAGGGUCGUGCAAAUAAACUUGGAAUUUGCCUCCCGCCUCGGCCUGCGGGGCUACCUGCCCCGUCUGUCCCUGUGAUCACAGAGGAACCCUCUGGCAAGCUGAGUGGUGCCCCUGAGGUGACUUCAAAGUUCUUUUCUGAUGAGGCUGCCUCAGAUUCUCUCAUUCCACAAGAGGAAGGUGGAGACGUGGUGAAAGUGGUCAAGUCUCGUUCACUGAUGAGAAGUUCCUCGGUCUUGGCUCGGCGGAACCAGAGGCCUUUACAGGGUUGCAAGACCAUAGCAACCUACCAGUGGCAGGGCAUUCUGGGAGAUGUGUCAAACAGGAUCCAGCUAGAAGAGUCCACCCCUAAGAUUUCUGCCCAGAGCAGUGCAGAAGCCUGUCUCCAAAAACAGGCCCUCUCUGGGCCCAGCAAGAUCUGCGCACCAACACGGCCAGCUGUCCGGCCUGGUCGCCAGAGCUACAUGUGCACCACUGCCAGCUCACGUGCAAAGAUGUCUUCUGAGAACCUGAAUGUCACACCAACAGAUGAGCAGCCCUCCAAGUCCCCGCCUGGUCUGAAGGCUUCCUUCCCCCAGGAUCUCAAUGUUCACCAAGAGUGUAAGGAGAAUCGGCCUCAUCCGUUGACAAUUCGCCCCACUGGACCCACGGCCAAACCCAUCAGCACAUCUGGCAACCAGCCCCCGCUGCCGCCAGGCAACCACAGUGCCAGGGCAGCUCUGCACCUUGACCUGGCUGGGCCGGAGCGCACCACAAGCCUCAAACUGCGGAGACGCUCUGCAGACCUUACCCGCCUCCCCACCCUGACCACGCCCACAGAAAUGAGGUCCCUGGGUGCAGAGGGGAAGAGUUACAUCAGCAGCAUUGAACAGAGUCUGGUGUCUCAGGGCAUCUCCCGAGGAAGGAGCCUGUCUGCCUGGGGGAGUUCCAUGAUGCCUGAGAGUGGCACUGCCCCUGUGGAUCAGGUUCCUGCUGUCCCCCCUGUGAGGGACACUGAAGGGAAGCAGCCCCCAUCUGUGUCACAAGAGCUGGCCUGCAGCCCUGGGUCUCCUGGUCCUCUCAGGGACAAGAUGGCAUUCGUUCCGCCAUUGUCAAGAGAUGUCAUGAUUGAUCCAGUGAGCAUACAGACUUGUAAGGAGAUCGUGAGUGAUCUGCAGCAAUCAUUGAAAAGAGCACUUUCCUUAUACAGCAAGCUCUGCUCUAUGGAAGAUGGCACAGAGCAGCAACUACAAAUGAAGUCCAUCCUGACUGAUGCCUUUGUGGCGGUUCAGAGUGAGCUAGACUCUGUGCAGGGACAGCGCCCCCUACCAAAGGCUAUCUGCCCAUCAGCAGAGGAGUCUCCUGGUCGACAGCUCAAGGACGACCGCACUGUGGCUCUGUUGGAGAAGUACUCUGAGAUGCUGCUGAGGAUCGCAGAGAAGAAGAUGGACUGUAACUGAGAAUGCCGGCACUGCUUGUGACACCCGAGUUACCUGUGAGAGACUCAACCCCAUGAACAUUAAAGAUGCUCAGUAUUAGUGUUGGGAGAGUGCAAUCAUGUGCUGAGUUUGCCUGAUUUAACCCAGUGGGAAAUGGGCUAAAUCUGCUGGACAGUGCACAGUAAUUCCUCCUUCCGUUGGUCUGGGAGAAGCUCUUCCUCCACAAUCACAUAAUAUAGUAUGUAAAGGCUACGCUGGACUUUGACAGCCUUGGGUCUCUGUCAUCAAUUUGCUCCCUGAUUGACAAACCAUAAACUGAUGUAUUUGCACCAAAACAGCAAUAUACAGACAGACGGCAAAUCCAGUGCUCAUAGCCCUAGAUUUAAUUUUUAUUGCAUGGUUCAUUUCAUCUAUAAUUUUUUUUUUAAACUUAUACGUGCAUUACCAUGCAAUAGUAAACAUCCCUCAUUAAUGCAUGGUUUAUGAUUUUUCGAUGGUAUUCUGAAUGAAACCAGCACCUGAAACUCUUAGUGUAUCUAGUCACAUACACUGAGGUUUUAACGGCAGUCAUGAAAUGCUUUUUCUUUUAAGAGUAAUGAAUGCGUGGAGUGGUACAUCUGUUGGCUGCAGCCUUGUGGUUUACAUCACUCACCAGUGUUCUGUUGCAAACAGCCAAGCACGGUGUUCUGUCUGAAUUCAGGUUGUGAAGCUGGAUGCUACAGGUGUGUAAUCUGAAUCUGCUCUGUUCAGUGUAGCUUUAUGUAGUUGCAAGGUGUUCAGCAAAACUUUCCUUAUUUGCACUUGACAGUUUUUUUGCACUUGACGGUUGUCUUUCGAGUUGUUUUUGUAAUCACGAAUUUCCAGAUGUGCAGUGUUUUUGUGAAUAUUUUUCAUAUUCAUUAAUUUGUAAAUAUUUUAUGCUUUGCAGUACCCAUCGCAGUUGUCUCUCUGCCUUUUUUUUAGUAAACUAAAACGUGUUUUAUUAAAAUAUUUUAUGUGGCACAAUA